AGUUAAGAUCAAGAGCAAUGUUCAACAUUGGAAGAAAACAGCAUCAGCGCAUGUUCAAUCCACGCUAGAAAAAAUGUUCCAGUUGACUAACUUUUUGAAACUUACAAAUUCUAAUAUUCAAACCAUCUCGAUCAUGAUUCCAACUAAAUAAAAAGUUAAAUUAGGUUAAAAUGUAAAAUUCAAAGUGUCGUUUGAAAAAAAAAUCAACAGUUAUAUGGAUUUUUAUAGUUCAUAUGCUGCUACAUCAACCAUAUCGCAAAUCACAGAAAAUUUAGUCCAACAAAACACUUGAUGCAACGACACACAUACAUGUCUAGACGAAGAAAUGUGUACAUUCGGGUAUAAACAGUGAAAGUAAAGUAAACAAGACUUGUAGUGUUUGGAGCAACAUUUAAAAAAAAAACCGGAAAUAUCCCAAGUAACAUUAAUAGCUGAGUAACAGCUUAGUCCGCUGAAAUGAGUAUACUUUAGCUGAAUAAACUGUUAUACAGCUGAAAAUGUUACUUGGGAUGGAGUGAAUGUUAUCGAUAACUUAAAAAAAACUUGCUUGGUUAUACUAAAACAGCUGAACGCGUAUACGCACUGUUAUCAUAAAAUCCUUUGACAUGUGGAAAACAGGUGCAUUUAUUAUAUUAGGCCUGUGUUUUGUUAAAGCACAAAUUCAUCUGAUCGAUUCAAGAUGCUACUUGGCCGAAGGGGGUUCAGCGGAAAACUUUCUAGCGAGCGAAGACGCUGCUGUUGGGUCCGUUCUGGGUACGCUGGGUAUCAAUGGAGAUCCCAAAACAGACAUUUCAUUAUCACUCCGCGAGAAGGAUUCACCGGUCACCAUCGCUCCACUGUCCAAAAAUAUCAUUCUCAGUAAACCACUCGACAAAGAGGGAUUGGAAGGUCCAGCGUCAGUCUAUGUGAAUGUCAUUUGUGACAGAAGAAUGAGCAAUGAUCCGAGUUUCCUUAUACCCGUUAAUAUACGCGUUACGGAUGUUAACGACAACUCUCCAGCCUGGAUUGGCGCACCGUACGUUGUCAAUAUAUCAGAAGUAACAAUUGUCGGUACAAGAAUUUUACAGGGCAUUCGAGCGCUCGAUAUGGACCAGCCUGGACCUUACUCCACCAUUGAGUAUCAAGUGUUGCCCGGACCACAUUCCAAAUUCGUAGCUUUUAUUUCCCCCUUGGAAGGAACACUUGUGCUGAAACACGAGUUAGAUUACGAAACACUCAAAAAUUUUACGGUUGUCUUACGUGCACAAGAUCAAGGGUCUCCUCCAAAAUAUUCCGACAGCACGCUUACGGUUUUUGUUCUGGAUGCCGAUGAUCAAAACCCAAAGUUCUUCCAAGACGUUUAUCACGGAUCUUUCCAGGGAAACCAAGUACCUUCGGAAGUUAUGUUCCACACAGAAUCCAUUAGGGCAAUCGAUCAAGAUUCAGGAUUGAACGCUUCAUUGACAUAUUCCAUUGUUCCAUCUUCGCAUUCCAAGUUUUUCACCAUUGAUCCUAAAACAGCAGUUCUAAAACUAACAAAACAUUUGAACCUCUCAAAUCCAAUCACAUUAGUAGUAAAAGCCACUCAAUUAGAUAACAAUGACCGUUACGCACUAAGCACAGUAAUACUGUCACAAAAACAAUCUACUGUCGUUGAAACUGUUGAUAAAGCAAGUUUUAUGCAAUCUACAUACAGACUGAAGAUAAAAGAGAAUUAUAACCCGGGCAGUACAAUUUUAAAACUCAUUAAAGGAAACAUGGCGUGGAAUGCCAACCUUAGAAUUCUAAACGACACCGAGCUGUAUUGGUUUUCAAUAGAUAGAAAUGGCAAUAUUAAAUUAAGCAGAUGGCUGGAUUUUGAAACAAAGCCUACUCAUAAAUUCACCGUGGAAUUGAAUGAUGGCAGCAACAGAGAAUAUGCGGAAGUGCUCGUUGAAGUCCUAGACGUUAAUGACUGGGAGCCUCGAUUUAGAAAACCUCACUAUACAUUCAAAAUUAGAAAUCGUAAUUUUUCGACUCCCUUGGCUUUAGGAAAAGUUGAGGCGGCAGACGGAGAUGUAAGGGAUAAAAUCACUUACUCGCUACGAGGCGACCAUGCCAAUUUGUUUUAUGUAGACUCCGGAGGAACUGUUUGGUUGAAGUACGACGUACCUGACAAGAUGAAUUUUAAACUGCAUAUAAUCGCAACAGACACAGGGUUCCCACCUAAAUCUACCAUUGUCCCCCUCACAGUUGAUUUUGAUGAAAUAACCGAAUCGGCUAUAAAGUGGACAACGACCACUAUAAGCGCUUUGGCCGGCGUGACCGUGCUUUGUGUACUAGCUUUUUUGGCAGUGCUCACAUAUUUCUGCAGAUCAUCGGUUAACAGGCCGAACAGGAAUGUUCCCAUGUUGAUUAGUCGAAGUAAAGCAUCGAAUAAAACUUCUAAUAUAGGAAUCAUAACGGCAAACACUCGUGGCUCCAAUAGCUCGAUUAGUGCAAGCGCCUCAACCAUUAUUGCUGCCAGCCUCGAGAGGGAUCAAGACUCGUACACCACAACUAUAAGGGAUAUAGUUAAUCGGGCCCAGCAACCUAAUAAGACUGCGAUUCGUAACAGCGACAUGGAGCAGGAUUCUUUAACGAAUUCUGAAACAGGAUUUCAUUGCUCGUACCCCGCCACUCAAACCGGGGCAAGCUGGCACCAGAGGAGCUGCAUGCUCGGUGAAAAGGUAACUAACGACAACGAUACUAAUGGUGAAAAUAAGUUAACAGUAUAUUUUUGAGAUCAAGUAAUAUAAUUGUUAUUUAAGAAAACAUGAAAUAAAAUCGAUGAUUUUACACAACAAAAUUAA